AAACCAAAUUUUCCAAACGAUUCCGCUGGAAUCGUGAUUUUUGAAAGUUGGAACCGGUUCUCGAUGGCCAGUCCUACUAAAAUUUGAUCAAAUAUUCUUAAAAAUGUGAGACCAGAAAUAAAAGCCUGUCUUUGAGAUCAGCCUGCGUCAAAGAAUUUAAGGUGUGACAGUGAUUAUCAAGACGUACAGAGUAACUAGUUUUGUUAGCAUAAUGACUUUUCCUGCCAGUUACGAUAUUUAAGCUGCAGGGAUCAAUGACAUUAAAACAGCCACACGCUGCGUACAUGUAACACUAACAGUCAACAAACACUGACGACAACUGAGGAAAUCACAUCAAAUGAUAAACUCUUUGGGGGUCAGGCUGGAUCCAGGAGGAGAUCGUUGUUCAGACACCCCGGUAUGGAGGAGUACAACUCCUGCUCUUUCUCCGUCUCCGUCUCUGCCUCCAUGAGGAUGUGUUUGGUCGUCUUGGAGUCGGCGCCGACGUCCUUGGAGGCCAGAGACGUCUUCUUCCCCUCCAACCAGUAAGUCACCAUGUCCCCUUUCCCCUGUUGGAGAGACACAGAUCCAGAGGGUUUACCGCGCUAAGCUCCCAGCGCCUGGCAGAUCUGGACUGUGGCGGGCCGGCUCACCUUGACCUGCAGCAUCCCUCUGCACUCCAGCACGUAGCCGCCGAUCUCCUCCAGCAGACUGGUGGACUCCAUCCUGGAUGCUGUGUUGACUGUGUCUCCAAAAAGACAGUAACGAGGCAUCUUCGUCCCUACAACCCCCGCCACCACUGGACCUGAAGAGAGACAGAGAUGCUGUGUGUUCGGCUUGUGGGGGAUCCUGAAGGUGCGACAGACGCCCACCAGGUCCAGAGCCAUGCUGGCGAUCUCGGAGGCGUGGAGGAUCCCGUUCUCCUUGGGAACACCGGACACCACCAUGUCUACACAACCACACCAUGACACAGCGUCUCCGAUGGUUUCCACCUUGUAGACGUCGUAGUUGUCGAUGAUGUCGUCAAACGUCGUAUAGAGUUUGUUGAGGAGGUCCACGACCUGUGUUAACUCCAGUAACUGGUGUGAUGAACAGUUUAUUACCAGGUUCAUCAUCAUGUCCACUGGGCUGACUUUGAUCGGGUUGAUUCGGUGAACAAACUUCUUGAUUUGUUCAAAUGUGGGUCGGUGGGCGGGAUUAUUGGAGCGGCAUCUCCGGAUCAGCUACGGAAACACGCAUGGGACAAAAGACAGCAAAGAAAAGGCUGAAGGACAGACAGGUGAACAGACGAGACAGGUGUUGGUGGGCAUCUGCAGCUUCUGAGCUGCUGAGUCCAGACUCAGUGAUGAGAAGAGCAGCUGGAGGAAAGUGGGGGGUGGUCGAGAGAGGAGAGAGAGAGGGAGAUGGAUCCAAACAUUUCCACCCUGCUGGUCAAACCUGAACACAGCUGACUGUGAUGUUCGCUGCCCUCUGGUGUCUGUUUCCAGACGUGGAUAUUAACUUGGUUUUUGUCCCGUGUCGGACCGGAACGGACCGGAGUGGGAUAAUAGGCUAACUCUGGUCUUCUUAGCCAAGUGGACUGACCUGGUUAAAGGAGCAGGAUGCUGACCCGGAUCAGCCUGGUUCUGCUGUCCUGUAUGUGGAGCCAGAGCCAGCGUUUGGACUAUGACAGCUGGCCGGACCAGGCGGUGUUGUCAGACGGUCUCUGUCGCUAUCGCAACAGCGUGGAGUGUUGCUGGGGCUGGAGACAGAUGGCCCGGGGACGCUGUCAACCUCACUGUCAGCAGGGCUGUAAACAUGGAGAGUGUGUCGGACCAGACACAUGCAAAUGUCACCCAGGAUACACCGGCAAGGCCUGUAACCACGAUCUGAACGAGUGCGGCGUGAAGCCUCGGCCCUGUAAGCAUCGCUGCAUGAACACGCCGGGCAGCUACAAGUGUUACUGCCUGGAUGGAUACACACUGCAGCCGGACGGCAGCUGCAGGAAUGCUCAAACCUGUUACCAUGCCAACUGUCAGUACGGCUGCGAGGUCAUGAAGGGGGCGGUCCGAUGCACCUGUCCGUCCCCAGGGUUACGGCUGGGACCAGACAGACGCACCUGUAUCGACAUCGACGAGUGUGCGUUGGGCGGCGGCGGCGUGUGUCCUCGUCACAGGAAGUGUGUGAACACGUUUGGGAGCUUCUUGUGUAAAUGUCACCACGGCUUCAAGCUCGCCUACAUCAACGGACGAUACACCUGCAUCGAUAAGGACACUCGGCCGUUCUGCGAUCUGAAUCCAGCCUCUCCGAAGUGCAGGUGUAAAGACGGCAGCUGUACAGCAGUCCUCAAAGUCACCCUGGAGCCACAGAGACCGAGAACUACAAGCCCGACACUGGCAAGAACUACAACUCCCACCACCACUACUCCAAUACCUGCUACCACCACCGCCACUCCAAUACCUGCUACCACCACCGCCACUCCAAUACCUGCUACCACCACCGCCACUCCAAUACCUGCUACCACCACCGCCACUCCAAUACCUGCUACUACUAUUACUACUACAGCUCAGCCAACCACUACGACGACCACUACAAUAGCAACAACCACCCCGGCUACUACUACACCUGCUACGACCACCACAACUACUCCAAUACCUGCUACGACCACCACAACUACUCCAAUACCUACUACUACUACUUCUUCACCACCUGCUACGACCAACACAACUACUCCAAUACCUACUACUACUACUUCUUCACCACCUGCUACGACCACUGCUAGCAUGACUACUUCAUCCCCUCUGCCAACCACAACUACUGUUACUACUACUACUCCACCUACUACUCCUACUCCGACUACUCCAACUCCGACCACCACUAUUCAAACCAACACUACUACGACUCCGACUACAGUGGAACCGACAACAGCUGCCACGGUUGCCGUGACAACCCCGACUCCCACCACCGCCACCUCCGUGGUAACGACCACGCUGAACAACAGGAUCAAUAAGGAGGUGACACAGAGGCAGAGAGGAGACGUGCACAUCCCUCGACAUCCGGGUCACAACCAGGUGUGGGAGUUUGACAUCGAGCUGGGAAACACCUCCGAGGACGCCAGAGACGAUCCUGAGGCUGGUGUGCUGCUCUGUACCUUCGAUCACGGAGUGUGUGACUGGAUGUCGGACAGAGAAGGAGAUCUACACUGGGAGACUGUUCACAACCCUGCAGGUGGGCGUUACCUGUCCGUCCCGGAGCUGAAGGCGGGACAAAGGAGCAUCCGCGGCGCUCGAUUGGCCGUCCAGAUAGACCCGACCUGGAGCCACGGCGACCUGUGUUUCUCCUUCUCCCAUUGGCUGACAGGGCAUCAUGUUGGCGUGCUGCAGCUGUUCACCAGGAAAAGGGGACGAGACCAAAGGUAUAGCCACGCCCUCUGGAGCAGGACAGGUGGACACAGUUGGAGGCAAACACAGGUUACCUUGACGACGCAUUCUCUGGAAAGGGUGCUGUUAAAGGCCGAGCGGAGAAAAGGACGGCGAGGGCAUAUCGCUGUGGAUGAUGUCACACUGAGACGUGGGGCGUGUCGAUGACAUCACAGCAGACAGUUUUCACUUAAGACUGAACUGAACGUUUACAGACGACUCACUGCGCCUCCUGUAAACGCCACAUUCCUGUCAUCAGAUCGAUCAGCAGUUUUUACAUGAACGUCCUCGUUUGUCGAACUAAGAAGAAGAAGAAAGACGAGUUGAGAAAACAUUUGGGUUUUAUUUUUGUUUUUUUGUUUGUGUUCAAGCAGCAGGAGCUUUAAUUAAAAAGCUGACAGAAUAUAAAAUCUAUCCAAAAGCUGCAGUGCAUCGUUUGGCCACUAAUAAGUCAAUAUACAGUCUUUGAUCCCCGCAGAGCUGAAAUAAACAGCCUGGUACAAAAAACAGGGUUUGGUCUCUGAAGCUUCUGUCUACGUUCAUGACAACUGUGCUGACCUUUUAUAUAACUCACCAGAUUUUAUUAUAUUAAGGCUUAAAGUUAUGCUUAAUAAAGGACGUGUCCACUUUGAGUGACAGGUGGCUGCUGUCACAGUAGCUUACUGUUCAGCAACCGAUAAACUAAACCACUCCGCGCCUGACACCAGAAGAUCUGACAUGGAUAUAACAUCAAUCAGCGUGCGAGACAGCCGACGUCAGCUACACAAGUCACUACACAGCAACACCCCACAGUUAUUAAGGUAAAGAAAAAAUAAAAUAUUUCACACUGCUGCCCCUGGCUGCCGCUCUGCAGGACGCUCAGGGGACCCGACCAGAGACGUUUUACAGAGGAGACACGUGACUUUAAGAAUCCUCAAUAAAACUCUGUGGGGAAAAGAUGGCGGCCAAGUGACGGGACUUGCCUAUAAGGACUUUGACAUGACUGAUCUCUACUUCUGAUUUAUAAAAUCUGAAAACAGGUCAACUUGUAGAAAUGUCAGAUUUCUCUAAUUCACCGAAACAACAUUUAAAUAACUUUGUGGUGAGAAACAGGAAACACCAAAGAUACAAAGAUCUCGUCUGGAGUCAUUGUUGAUGAGAUCGCGAGCUCGAAUGUUUAUACUUAUUCGUCUUAAAAUCAAUUUCACUUCCCAGAUUUUUUUUUUUUAUUUGUGUGUAAAGUUCUUUUGAAAGACCGGAUUAAUCUGAAUUUGUAAAUAUAUUUCUGCCCAAUACUGACACUUAUCAUUUACAUCUAUUAAUUUAUCUGACGCUUUUAUCCAAAGCGACUUACAAUUGCUGUACAUGUCAGAGGUCGCACGCCUCUGAAGCAACUAGGGGUUAAGUGCCUUGCUCAGGGACACAAUGGUGGAUGGGUCACAGUGGGAAUCGAACCCGGGUCUCUCUUCAACACUUUUACUGAUCACUCUCCUGUAGGUGCAGUUGUCUGAAAUGUCCACUAGGUGUCAGGGUAGGCGCCAUCACCUCCCAGUAUCAAUAAACCUGUUAAUUAAUUAAAGUCUCUUCUUCAUUCGCUCCUCUGAACAGCAGUUUACAUUUACACUUAAAAGCAGAAGAAGAGUUAAAAGGUACUGACCGUGACAGAAGAUCUCGGCCCCGCCCACACAAUCUGAUUGACAGGUGACAUCACAUCCUGUUGAUGAAGAAAAGAUACAGACAUGUAUUACCUUUUUGUUCACUACGGCUGCAACUGACUCUUUAUCCAUUAAUCAUCUUUCAGAUUCGUCAAUUAACCUUUUUAUUUUUCUGACAUGUUGAGACCAAAACCUGAAAAUAUUUAGUUUACGAGUAUAUAAAACAGUGGUGGAAAGCAAUCAAGUACAUUUAGGAUAAUAAUAUCGAGACACGAGUACAGAUAUCUGAUGUGAAGUCUGCCUAAAAUAUCUCCAGCGUUUAAAUGUUUCCUACAAUAUAUUUUUCAGAUUAUUGAUAUUAAACAUAAAUAAACAUCCAGGAAAACUACUGAUCACACGACCGGUAAAAUAAAGUCUUACAAACAUAAAUACAAACGUCCUGCUUCAUUAAACGACUGAAAUAAUGAACUAAUUACCAGAUUUAACCUCCGACCUCUGAGGCAUCACCUGCGGGAGGAGAGAGGAAGAGGAAGGACAGGAACCUGAUUUGUGUGUUUAACAUCUGCUUUAGAGGACGCACACACGUCUCUGAUGGGCGGAGCUGCCAGAAACCUGAUUGGUGCUUUUCCCGUGAGCUCGACAGAUUCCUCAGUUUAUAGACACAACAUGAAUGUGAGGAGAGAAACCUGUGAUUUAGCUUCCUGGGAUAUCUGAGAGUGUGUGUGUGUGGUUACAGCCCUGCUUGUUAACCCUGUAAUUACCACGGUAACCUCUCUCCACCAUCUCCGCCUCCUGCUGCUGAUCACUGGCAGCACACAGUUUAACACAAUUCAUCUCUAGAGCUGAAACUAUUCAGCGAUCAACAACAAAACACUUUAAAUAAUCGCUAACUCUUCUGGUAGUUGAUUCUUUUUUUCCUCCAAGCAGAAAUACGACAAAUCUGCUUUUAAAAGUACAAGAAGUGCCAAAAGUAAAAGUACAAUGACAAGCUGGUGGUGUUUAUUUAUGCAUUCAUGUGUUCAUCACUUUAAUGUUGCAUCUUAAUUGUAAUUUAAUCAAUAAUUUACACAUAAUAUCAGUUUAGUUUAUUUAGUUUAGAAUUUUAAUUAUUAAUCUGAAUCUGCAAAGUUAUUAAUGUGGUCAGAUGCAUGCAGUGAAGUAGAAAGUAUUAUGAAAUACUGCACCUGAUGCACCUACUUCCCACCGCUGCUAACACGUUUUACACAAAAAUAGUCAGGAAAAGUGAAGAAGUAUAGGCCUCUUCAAAGUUUCCAAGUUAACAUACUGGAAAUCUAAUCUUUGCUGACCUCCGGUGGUUUCACUUCUCACCUGGCUGCAGUGAUGGACAGGUGUGCUCUGGUACACGGUGACAUCACGGCUGUGGUUACAGCUGAAACAGACAGAGAAAUGUUACAUCAAUCCUUAAACUAGUUGUUCUGUCCAAACACCAAAAUAUUCGGUUUACAAUCAUGAAAUUAUGUUGUAGAAACUGGAAGUUUCUUUUGCAUUAUUAACUUAACAAAACACAAAAUGCAGUCCUUCCAUGUGUUAUAUUAUAAAUAUAUAUUCAUUUACAAAAUAU